CAGCCGCAGUCCGGCCGGCUCCUCCGCUCGCGAGGAGCUUACAAAGGUCGCCGGCUCGCCGCCGCUCCGCGCCAAGGAGAGAAAUGGAGCUGCGCGCGAGGCACGAGGACGCGGUGUGCAAAGAAAAACCCGAGGAAGAAGGAAAGGGACAGAGGGAGUCUCUGUUGUGUACAGAACAAUUUGUUCAGGAUGGGACCCCCGUGAAGGAGGCCGGCACCAGAACCAGCCUAUUGUCUGUGUUCCAUACUGUGGUCAUAGAAGAUGAGUUUGGGAAGAUCCUGGAAAACAGAAGGGAUCCAGAUGUUGCAAAAGAAGAGGACGGGAGUGGAAGCUAUUACAUAGAUCAAGUAUCUAGAUCGUCUGCUUCACAGCCAUCAGGUUUGGGUUGUCAGGAUUUCACCACUACAUGGAGGCUAGUGCCAAAUUACUUCAGUGAUGGGAACCGUGAUCCCUCCAUUCCUAGUACUGAGCUGGCCCAUAACCUUCACACCCAGCUAGAGUUGCAAGACCGAGCACAGACAAGCUCCCUUAAUAUUACAGAAAGGGAAACCAAGAAAAAGAGAAUCGGUAGCAUUCUUGUGACAUGUCCCCCCAAAACAUCUUUUGUUGCUGUGGGGGACAGCCCCCUGUCAGAGCAGAUAAAGGAUGUGAAUCAAAACCUCAGAUUGAGCCAUGCCAAGCGCAAGUCAUCCAGAUGUGCAGUAGCUGUUAGCACAGGCCAGCAGUCCUGCAAGCUUUCUUCACUCCAGAUUUCCAGAGGCAACCAGGAUCAGACUAAGGAGAAAGUAGGCCCCUCAGAACGACCAGAAGAACCCGUGCCACCUGCUCGGAAAAAGACACGUACAUAUUACAGUGCAGAACAGCUAGAUGAACUGGAAAAAAUGUUCCAAGAAGACCAUUAUCCUGACAGUGAGAAGCGCAGAGAAAUUGCUGCUAAUGUAGGUGUUACACCACAGCGGGUCAUGGUCUGGUUCCAGAACCGUAGAGCAAAAUGGAGAAAAAUAGAAAAGCUGACAGUGAAAGUCCCCAAGAAGUGCCCGCCAAUUUUGUCAGUAGGCCCUCAAGAGGGCGCUCAAGGCGUAUGUCUGCUGCCUGUGCCUCCACUCCCUGACAUGGUACACAAUCAGCCUGCUGCACGCCGGAUGGAUUCGGCACCUCCAGGUUUCUCUAGCAUGCUCAGCGGCCAGCCUGAAUCUUUGGCCUCUACAACAGUUACCUCAGUUACUGAUGUGGUAACCUCAUGUGAAUCCACCCCACCAGAGGCUGUAGCCCAGGGCUCAUUUGGACCUGUUAAGGAAGAAGCCUUCCCUGCCAUUCCAAGCCCUCCCCCAGUCCAGAGAGCCAGCCUCUCGCUCAAUGUGGCCUUCAACCCAAACAAUCACAUCAUUCCAUUGAUGCUAGACGUCCCCAGCAGUGAAUACAGCCCCCCGCCAAGUCAAGAAAGCCAGUCCACUGAAGUCUUCACUUACAACAUCCAAAGCCAAAGUAUCGCCUCUCCUGUGCGCUGCCCUUUCCCUGAGCAGCUGGAGCCUACAGCCAACCUGGAGACCCCAUACUAUCACCCCAGUAGCCAGUCUGGGGCCUUCCAGCUCAGUCAGUACCCCCAGCCCCAGAUGUCCCAAGUGCACCAUUUCCCGGUCCACCUGACCAGCAGCAUCUUGCCUAGUGUUCGUCUCACACCAGCUACACCCAGUAAAUCCAGCACAACUUUUUUUUCUCUGCCUGCCAAUGGUGGGCUCAUGGCCUAUCAAACCGCAGAGACCACUCAAGGGUAUCUACAGAACCACGUAGGGGGACAGCUGUUGAUACAGCAAGCUGCUGGGAACUCAGGCUAUAUCCCGGCAUUUCAGGCUGUGCCCUGGAAUGAGUUUUAUUUGCCGGGAGCACCACUCACCAAUCAGCCAUGCUCACAGAUGCAGUUGUCCAACCCAGCGGAGAGAUGUUACCAUGCAGAGCAGGUGCCAGGGGUUCAGAACCUGAGCAUGCCUCCCACUUCCUCUCUGCUCCAGCUGCCCAGAGCAACAGCACCAGGCUCUACCAUUGUGUUCUCUGCAAAGCCAAUGGCUCCUGCAGAUACAGGUUCAAACCUGUCUCAGGCAGACCACCUGGGACCACCUGAGAGGGACUCCACUACGGACAACUUGCCCCAAGAGGAACGAAACAUGGCCGAUUUCUCUGAAGAGAGCAAGAACUGACUUGGCUGCCUCAUACAAAGAUGGCCAGGGGAGAUAAUAAAAGAAUAUAACAAUAAUAAAGUUAUAUUCUUUUAAUAAACCUUUUCAUGGAGCAAAACAAAGAGGAAAAAAACUGUAACGUGUCAAGUAAGGCACUCUGAAAGACUUGGGGAGGUGGGGGGGGGAAUACCUGUUUCAGACUGGUUCUGUUCAUUAUUUAUUUAUUUGUUAUAAAUUUCCUGCUGAAGAAAAAAAGCAAUGACAGUCAGUCAAUAACCCAAAUCUAUUCUGUUAUUUUGUGCUUCGGAUUCUUUUUGUUUGUUGUUUAAACUUAAUAAAUCCAAAUUUUCAUUUAGUCACUGAUAAGUUCACAAAGUUGUAACUAAGGGUUGUAUCCAUCCAACCAAAAGCGAACCUGUAUUCUACAAUAUAACUUUGACACUGUUCCUGGGGUUGACGAGACCCCCUCCCCAGCAUCAACACUGGCUUUUGUGUGAGGGUCUGUGGUUAGGGUACCAGUGGAAAGUCCCUUCCCCUCCAUUAGUAGAAGUGUCUUUUCACCAGCAGAAAAUGACUGUUGGAUGCAACCCUAUGUGUAUGGCUUUCAAUGACUUAGCUUUAAGAAGUCCACUUCUACCUCAACAACAUGACCCAUUUUACUUUUUCAGGCUUUGAGGAUGGGCAGAUUCAGAUCUUCAGUUCUGUGUAGACUUAUUGUGCAGACAAAUACAGAAAUACUAAAGGCUCUGUCAAUAAUAGCCAACUGUGUGUGAUAUUACUGAUGUAGAGGCUGGUAUGGAAUUCCGGGAUACUGAGAUUCAGAAACCGGAGACAGCAGCUAAUACCUCCCUUUCUCGUGCUCCUUUUCUCCUCAGUCAAGAGUAACCAGAUUCAAGGGAUGGUAAAGCUCUUGUAACUUUAACCAUUAUGUUGAAGGGAUUUCAGUAGAUACAUCCUUUCUCACCCUGUGUUGAAAUGUCUCCAGAACUGUUAGAAAGCAGGAGAAGGCUCCUGUAUUUCAAUCUGGUUGUCAUAUUUCAAGGGGGGGGGGAUCACUAAUUCAAAAGCACAAAGAUCAUGUAGUCCAAAAUCUGUCAUCCUCUAAAGAUGGCCUUUAAGGUCUCUUCUUUAUACAUUUCCAUUAAUAGACAGUCUGCAUUUUUGACAGUUUGACACCAUUGUGCAGUGGUUUAUCUGAAUACCUAGUUAACAGUGCAGUCCUCAGUGGAGUAUCACCCUUUUAAUCCAUUGUGGACUUAAGAGGGUGUGACUCUGCUCAGAACUGUAAGUAACUGGACUGAGAUCAGCCAGGGGAAUCCAUUGCUGAGCAGUGAUUUGAAUGUGAAUAAUUUAUAUCCAAACUCAACACAUUUUCUCAUCAGUCAUACAGCCCACCAAAUGCAACUAUUGAGGCUGGCUAUCAAUAGAUGCAGGACAAAGAUGCUAAAGGGUAGAAAAUGUAGUCACUAAGAGAGAGAAAACUAGAAGUCCAAAAAAUGGAAGAGAGAAUGGAGGUGCCGUACACCUAGUGCUUUACAAUAGAUGGCACUGGUACAAUUAGGUUGCCUCAAGAGGGUUGUAAUAGGAACCAAGUACAUUUUUAGAAGCUAAACACCAAUUUCAAGGUUGUAGAGACUGUAAGAAGUGAAGAAUCCAAUGCUGGUUAAAUCUGUGCACUCAUAGACUGCUCAUUUGUUUUGAUAAAAUUUGUAGUUAUUACUUUUACGUUCAUUUGCAUUUAAUAAUAACCUGAUUUUCGUCAAAACAUUUUAUGUUUUGAGUGUGUUUGAUUAAAAAUGAAAACCAUUGGUUACAUUC